UUGUGUGGCUUCUGUCCCAACCAGGUUUUCAUCAGAUCUCUCAGAAUAAAGUGGCAGUGCUGCUCCUGGCUGGAGGGCAAGGAACGCGCCUGGGGGUGACCUAUCCCAAGGGGAUGUACAACGUGGGGUUGCCUAGUGGCAAGACCUUGUAUCAGAUUCAGGCAGAAAGAAUCCGCAAAGUGGAGCAGCUUGCCAGCAAGAAAUGUGGCACCAAGUGUACCAUCCCCUGGUACAUCAUGACAAGUGAGUUUACACUGGGGCCAACAGAGGAAUUCUUCAUAGAACAUGACUACUUUAACCUGGACAAGUCUAAUGUGAUUAUGUUUGAGCAGAGGAUGCUGCCAGCUGUAACAUUUGAUGGGAAAGCUAUCUUGGAAGAGAAGGGGAAAAUUGCCAUGGCACCAGAUGGCAAUGGAGGUUUAUACCGUGCAAUGGUGGACAACAAGAUCUUAGAUGACAUGGAACAACGUGGGAUCCAAUAUAUCCAUGUUUACUGUGUGGACAAUAUCCUUGUUAAAAUGGCCGAUCCGGUCUUCAUUGGCUUCUGUGUGUCCAAAGAAGCAGACUGCGGUGCUAAGGAGGUGGAGAAAGCCUACCCUACAGAGCCUGUUGGGGUAGUCUGCCUUGUUGAUGGAGUCUCUCAGGUGGUAGAAUACAGUGAAAUCAGCCUGGAGACUGCACAGAAGCAGAGCCCUGAUGGGCAACUAGUGUACAGUGCUGGCAACAUCUGUAAUCACUUCUUCACGCUUGAGUUCCUCAAGACAGUGGUACAGAAAUUUGAGCCCCAGCUGAAGCAGCAUGUAGCCAUAAAGAAGGUGCCAUAUGUUGACGAGGAGGGAAAUCUGGUAAAGCCGCUAAAACCGAACGGGAUAAAGCUGGAGAAGUUUGUGUUUGAUGUGUUCCAGUUCUCUAAGAACUUUGUUGCAUUUGAAGUUUUGAGGGAAGAAGAGUUCUCCCCAUUAAAAAAUGCAGAUACAGGUGACAAAGAUACUCCUACCACAGCUCGGAGAGCCCUCCUGUCCCAGCAUUACCGCUGGGCUCUGAAGGCUGGAGCCAGCUUCCUGGAUGAAAAUGGCUGCAGGAUUCCAGAGAAAAUCAGUUUAUCAGGAACUGAAGACCCUCCUGCUGUAUGUGAAAUUUCUCCAUUGGUGUCUUAUUUUGGAGAGGGGCUGGAAACAUACAUGAAGAAUAAAGACAUCUCUUCACCCUUUAUACUUGAUGAGAGAAAAACAGAAAUGCCAGAAAACUCUUGAAUAAGGGGAAAACCUGGAACCAGUACAUAUGACCAUCAGCUCCAUGAUGGGAACAGGCACUAAUUAAACAUUGGCUUUACUAUUAAAAUGCUAUCAAUAAUUAGAUUGCAUUAUCAGGUUGAUGCCAAAAGCCAGUAGUGAGUAUGUUUACAGGUAGAAAAAUACUCCAAUGCUGUUUGAUAACUUCAGAAGUUACAUCCUUCCUCACUGUUGUUUGGAGGUUCAGGUAUGAAUGAUACUUGUAUUUGUUAAUCCGGUUACUAAAUAGGCUUUAUUUCUGCAAUCAAAACUGUUAUCCUUUUAGUUUCUAAGUUAUACAGAUAAAUGAUAAGAGCCAAUUGGGACCAAAACAGUUUUGCAUGUCACAUAAUUAGAUUAAUUAAACUGUAAUUCUCACUAGAUGUUUUUUAUUUUCAUUGAUGUUAAUGCAGGAAUGUGAGAGAGAUUAAUUUGAGGCCCAGGCCCAUAAAAUGCUGAAUACACAACUACAAUUAUUUCUUCCAGAGUCCAUGCCCCUUUUGUCCUAGCUCUGUCUUGGCAGCUAGUCCUGUAUUUGCUCUGAUUAGAGAGUUCAUUCGGAUGAUGAAUGGUGCUCGCCCAGGUAACGCCAUUUUAUAGAUUUCUGACUUCAGUGGGGCUUUAUCUGAGAAUAAGCAUGACUCAGCACUCAGGUUGUAGAAUCAAGAUUAAAAGACUUGCACCUUUAAGUCCAGCUGUGGAUUGGUUGGAUUUUAAAUUGUGUUGGUCUAGUUUUUAAAAAGAAUCAUCAGAAAUACUUCAUGUUAACAUUAUCUUCCUUCUGUCCUGGGAGAUGCUAUUUUUUAUUUUGCUGUCUAAGUUUUUAUAACAUGCUUCUCACUUUUAGACUUUUUAUAAGUGUCUUAAAGCAAUAAAUGGCGUUAAUCCAGGGGGGUAGGAUUGAAUGCUCUAAAGUAAAAAGACAUUUAAUCUUACCAUGAAUGGUAUAAGCCAUAAAAAACCAGGAUGUGCCUUUGUAACCAGUGGGCAGGGUUGGUAUCCAGCAUUCCUGCACCUCUCGAAGCAUUGCAUUCCUCUUACUUUCAUAAUUGUCUUCAUUUCUUAAAGUUUAUUUUUCAAGUUUGUUGAGCUGAACCUGCCAGAUUGUUAUCCAGAGAUAUUAUCAGAAUUAUAUGCAACAGACGGACCUCAGUCCUGGCAUAGAAAGCACACAUCUAGUUGAGAGAAGAAUUCAUUCUUCAUGUACUGUGCAAUCUUUGGCCUUUUUGACUGUGGGUGUGUGUAUUUUGUGAUGUGAAUACCUGUCAGAUACAAAAACUUGAUUGAGGUGGUCACAUUCAUUUUACCUGGUUAUAAAAAGAAAAUGAUGGUCUCUCAACCAAAUCCUUUCCUCCCUCGAUAUUGUUCUGCAGGUAGUCAAGAGUCUUUUUUUUUUUUUUUUCUUUCUUUCUUCCAAACAGCUGUCUUUUUACAACUAAAGAAGGUAUUUGGCCAUAUGUUUUGUUUGGAUUUUGGUAUUUCAGCUGUUCUUACCGAUAGACAUUGCACCUAAAUUAUUAAGAAUAAACUUUUUUAUAAAGUAAGAUUGAGGUGAAUUUGGUGAAAUAUAAGAAGGGCCUCUUAUGAUAACUGUUUUUACCACAGGCUCAUAGUUUUGAAAGAAAUCAUCUACAUUUCAGCUGCAAAAUUUGCUUGCGUAUGAGCUGUAUCGGCAUAGGUGUAGACAAAUAGCUAUUUGCACAUGGAGAGAAGCUAAUCACACUUCUGAUUAAUCUGCUUGGAUGUGAAACUGUUAAUUAUAAAAGAUUGUCAGGGUAAAUUGUAGACUGAAUUGUCAAAGGCAAAUACUGAAUGUCUGUUGCAUAAUUUUCCUGUGAUGAUUCCAUUUCAGUCAGUUGAGUUAGUGAAUGAAAUCUGGGGGUAAUCACACAGUAUCUUUAUGAUUAAUUUCUUGUUAAUUCUUGCACAAGUUUAUUUUAAGCUAUAUUCUGCCUUAAUGAAAGAGAACUUGUCCUGCAUCCUUGUGUGCAUUUGCCAAAAGGGUACGUUCUCUUUGGAGCCCGAAUUGCCAUUUAGCCCAACACUUUCAUCUCAUGAAUGUAUAGCUGCUUACGUGUUUUUUAUCAUGCAUUUUCCAGUAGGAGUUGACUGUUCUUUCAUGUAUUUCAAACUGAAAUAUUAAAAGGGAUUUUAAAGGACCUUUAAAAAUACUAAAUACAUAUCAUUUAUCAUGUGUUUGGUAAAAUGAUUCCAGCUUCUAUUCUGAAUGACUUUUUUUAUAAAGCAAAAGGAGAUCCCUCUUGUGGGUCUCCCAAAGUUUUCUCGAAUACAUUUCUCUAAUAAAGAUACUGUGCAACUUC